AUGAGGCGUCCCAAGAAGUACGAAUCCGGCGAGGCCACACAGUAUAUUAGUCGACGAGCAGCUCUCAGGAAGCUUCAGCUCUCCCUGAACGACUUCCGGAGGCUGUGCAUCUUAAAGGGCGUUUAUCCCAGGGAGCCCAAGCACCGGCGCAGAGCUCAAAAGGGCUCCUCCGAGAUCAGAGUUUUGUACCACACCAAGGAUAUUCGUUUCCUGCUGCAUGAACAGAUUGUCUGGACUCUGCGUGACUACAAGAUUUUUGCCAAGAAAAGUAACCGCGAUCGUGCCAUCAAGGAUUUCCGCAACUUGAAGCGUCGCCUGGCCCUCUUUCCCGAAAUCAAGCUAGAUCACAUCGUCAAGGAGCGCUACCCCACCUUCAUAGACGCCCUGAAGGAUCUGGACGACUGCCUGACUCUGCUCUUCCUGUUCAGCACCUUUCCCUCGCUGCACUUGAUUCCCCGAGAGCAGUCCAAUCUUUGCCGCCGAUUGACUGUUGAGUUCCUGCACUAUGUGAUCGCUUCUAAAUCCCUACGCAAGGUGUUCAUCUCCAUCAAGGGCUACUACUUCCAGGCAGAGAUCAAGGGCCAGAAGGUCACCUGGAUCGUCCCACAUUACUACCCAUUCAAGCCCCAGUCGCGCCAGGAGGUUGACUUCAAGGUGAUGUCGAUCUUCGUGGAGUUCUACACCAUUAUGCUGGGCUUCACCAACUUCCGUCUGUUCCACGGCUUGAAUCUGGCCUAUCCACCACAGUUUCCGACCAACAUGCUCCAGGACAACGAAGAUACUCUCAAGGACGAGAGCAGUUUCGUGUCCGACCGUAUCGCAGCGCUCAACUUUGACCUGUUGCGCACGGACAAGGUGCAGGAAGACGAGGAGGAGUUGGACAUCGACAUGGAGCUCCUGGAACAGGAUGGCGACUCCAAGCGCAUCAUAAAAAUGAAACAGGAGGCCCAGGAAGUGGCCCGCCUGCGUACGCUCUUCAAGGGCCUGAAGUUCUUCAUCAACCGCGAGGUGCCCCGUGAGCCUUUGGUCAUUCUCAUCAAAUCCUUCGGUGGCAAGGUGUCCUGGGACUCGUCCAUUUUCCCAGGCUCCACUUUUGAUGAAAGCGAUGAGACCAUCACCCAUCAAAUCGUGGACCGCCCCAGCCUGGCAACGCAAUACAUCUCGAGGGACUACAUCCAGCCCCAGUGGCUAUUCGACUGCGUGAACCGACGUCAGUUGCUUCCAACCAACAAGUACUUCAUAGGCGAGAAGCUGCCGCCCCAUUUGUCGCCAUUCGUGGAUUCCAAGAGGGACACGUACAUCCCGCCCGAGGAGAAGGCCCUGCACGAUCCUUCCCUGAUCGAAACACAUGAGCAAAGCGACGAUGAUUCCGAGGAGGAAGCCGCUCCGGAAGAGGAGGAGGCUGUGGACCAGGAGCUGCUCGAUGCCCAGCUACAACUGGCCUACCAACAGGAAACCGCCGAGUACAAGAAGUACGGCGGGCCCGAUGGCGUCAACGAGGACGAGGAAGAUCCCGAUGAGGAGGAUGAAGAGGAAGAAGACGAUGAAGAGGAUGAAGAAGAAGAGGAACUGGACGAGCAGGCUAAGCGCUUGCAGGAGGAGAAGCAAAAGAUGUCCGUGCAAUCGGGCAAGGUGCACAAGGUCAACAAGCGGCAGUUGCACAAGGCCGAGGUGGACGAGCACCGUCUGCAGGCGCGCAUGGUGAAGCCCCGCCACCGCAACCUCUUCCGCAAGCUCAUCCGCGAGAAGCAGACCAAGGAGAAGGAGGAGUGGCUGCUGCGGAAGAAGCGACGCACCUUCGAGGCCGGCGAGAAGGAGGCGCGCAAGACAGCCAAGCGAGCGGCCCGCAAGGAGGCGGCUGCUGCUGCCGCCAAGGCCUCCAAGCUGAGCAAGUGAGCUGGAGGCGGAUUAGGGGGUUAAGUGUCUUGUUUUAGGGUUAAAAUCAAAUAAAUAAUGAAACUUAA